AUGAAACCAGAUAAUUCAAGUAUGGCUCUUGAUCAUGAUUCUGCACAAGGAGCUUAUUUGAUGAAUGUAGAGAGAGAUAAAUGCUUUGAGCAUCCAAUCAAUAACAAUGCUUGUGAUGCAGUUUUCUCCGAGGAAGAGACUCUUGAGUGCCCGAUUAAGAAUAUUACUUCUCAUUCAGCUCUCACAGAGGGCAAAUGUGAUUUAAAAGAAGAGAAAGGGGGGAAGAAAAGUUUGUCCUCACUUAAAGAUACAUGGUCAGAGAAUUCAAUCAUAAAUAAUAUCACUUCUCAUUCAGUUCUCGCACAGGGCAAAUUUGAUGUAUUGAAAUAUUCUAGAAAUAAUAGAGACAGGUUUGAGAAAAGUCCAUCCUUUGUAUAUGAGAAGAAAAGAGGAAAUUCACAUGAUUCCUUGCAAUAUUCUGUGGAACCCCUCUUGGUGGCUGGCCAAACUUCAUUGGACCAGUCAAAUGAAGUUCACUCCUUCGAUGUCUUGGAAAAUAAGGUAGAAAGAGUGCAAGUCAUGGAGGAUGCUGCAUCAGUGGAGGUUGCAGAAAAUGUUUUGAUUGAGAUGACCUCUAAUCACUCACUGGGUGACUUUGCACGUGAGGAAAGUAAGUUUGAUGAGAUAAAGGGUGGUGUUGAUGUGGAAGUUUCUGUCAAGGGGGUGAAGAUUCCAGAAGUCUUCAUACUGGAACGACCUCGCAAUGAAUGUGUCAGUAAAAAGCUCCUCAUCCUUGAUGUUAAUGGACUCCUAGCUGAUAUUGUUUCUUAUGUUUCUGUUGGAUAUCAGGCUAACGUAAUAGUUUCUGGGAAAUCAGUUUUCAAAAGGCCCUUCUGUGAUGAUUUUCUGAGGUUUUGCUUUGAGAAAUUUAAUGUUGGUGUUUGGUCAUCCAGAACCAGGAGAAAUGUUAACGAACUGAUUGAUUCUCUCUUUGGUGAUUCUAGGCAUAAGUUGCUUUUUUGUUGGGAUCAAUCUCACUGCACAAAUACAGGAUUCACCACAGUCGAGAAUAGGAGCAAACCUCUGUUUUUGAAGGAACUAAAAAAAAUAUGGGAAUAUCUUGAUUCUAUUAAUAAAGGAGAAUAUGAUGAAUCGAAUACAUUAUUGUUGGAUGAUUCACCAUACAAGGCUAUAUGCAAUCCUAUGCACACUGCUAUAUUUCCCCGUUCAUAUGGGUACAAGGACAUAGCAGAUUCUUCAUUAGGACCAGAAGGUAAUCUUCGGGUAUAUCUGGAGCGAUUAGCUGAGGCUCAAAACGUCCAAGAAUAUGUUGCACGACAUCCAUUUGGUCAACGAGCAAUUACAGAAUCAGACCCAUCGUGGGGUUUCUAUAGUAAGAUUGCAAAUGCUGACUCAUGCCACUCCAAGAAUGUUGCCGUCACUUCUGUCACUUGCCAGCCGUGA